AUGAGUGGGGAGCUCUCCAAUGUAAUUACGAGAAGUCACGAUGGAGAGGGCGGUAAAAGCUUGGAGGAAAUUUACGUGAAUUACAAAAAGCUGAAACAGCUGAACGGGUUGAACGCGACAAACGAUGGCAUCUCCAGGGGGGACACGAUCUUCUUUGAAGCGCAGAGCGAGGCGGGCGAAGGCGAGAAGGAAGAAAAAGGGGAUGCCCUGCUGCACAACGAUGGGGAGGUGGAAAUCAAUUUAAAAAAAAACAAAAAAGGCAGCGAAGAAAGUAGCGAAAAAUGCCGCGCAGAAGGGGCGAAUGGCGAAAUUGUCACAUGCACCACCGCUUCCUGUGCGAACAAUAACGCAACAGAAAAUAAAAAAAUUAAUGUGUUAACCAUUUCCCCUGAAUUUAGCGACGUGAAAAGGAACUUUAGAUUUACACACAGGAACAAUUUGCACGUGAAAAGGUCCCUAAACGACGAGCCCGCGCUAGGCAAUAGCAAAAAGGUCUUCCUAAAAAGCAGCCAUAAUCUGACCAGCGUUCCGCUGCUUACCGGGUUUGGCACCAUUCGUUCCACCCGGGGUGAGGAAAGGGCAGGCAGCAAAAAAAAGUUCAGCCCCAAUAUUCAGGCAAACAGCAUAAUCAGCCAUAAUGACCGAACCCUAAAAAUAUUCUGCAACGCGAGGGAAGACGGCGCCAAGAGUAGCAACCCCACGGGUGGAAAUCGAAGCCGCGCCAGACAGCAGCUGGGCGGUGGCGGCGUCCACUUGAAUGGGAGCGGUUCGCGACCGGCAGCGGCCAUCCCGAGUGAGAAGAAGCGGGUCCCCAGGAGGAAGGCCGCAACGAGUGCAACAAGCACUGCCAGUGCAAUGAGUGCAUCUGGUGUGAUCAGCUCAGCCAGGCUCGAAGUCAAGACGAAAAACGGGACCAUGGAAACGAAAAACAAAAAUAGGCUGUCAGUGACGAAGAGCCAAGUUAACAAGAACGUAAUGGACCACAUUAGUGAGUACCCCAUAACGUCCAAAAAUAUCUACGACAGUAUUUACAUCCCGCAGAUCAACAUAAAAAACAUCUUCAGUGGGAACUCCACUGGCGGGGGGACAGCGGCCUGCACGUACAACACUACAACCAGCGCAGACCCCCCCUACAGCAUCAACGGGGAGGGCAAUACGUUGAAAAGGGAAGACAGUUCUAAUCUAAUAAACACUCUAAAUGCCUACUCAAACGUAAAAGUUGCAGUGAGAAUAAAACCCAUUUCCGAAGCGGAAGAAAAUAUCGUCUCUAUAUUUAACAAAAACUAUGUCCUCAUAGAAAAGGAAAAUCAGAAGGAAUGUUAUCUACUGUCUCAAAAGAAGAAACAAGCAACUUACGUGUUCGAUGUAGUAUUCGACGUCAAUGCAACGCAGGAAAAUGUGUUCUUGCACACCGCCAAACCGUUAAUCCCUCACGUUUUCAAAGGUGUUAAUGGAACCGUUUUUGCAUAUGGGGCGACCGGUUCGGGGAAAACUUACACCAUGCUAGACGAUAAGAACCAAAACGGGAUCGUACAGUUGUCCCUCCUAGAAUUAUUCACCAUCAUUAAAGAGAAAAAAUAUGAAAAGGUAAAAGUGCUCAUGAGUUUUUUAGAGGUAUAUAACGAAACCAUUAGGGACCUCCUUGGAAAGGAGAAGAACAAACCUUUGGAGGUGCAAGAAGAUGCAGCUGAAGUAAGGGUAAGUAAUUUAUGUGAAGUGCAUGUAGAGAGCUACCAACAAGCAAUGCUUCUAAUAAAUGAAGGAGUGAAAAAUAGGAAGAUGUCUCCUACCAGGGCGAAUAAAGUGUCUAGUAGAUCCCAUGCUAUUCUACAAAUAUAUAUACACAACGAAAUUAUGGACAGCAAUAUGAAUGCAAUAAAUUAUAAAGCCAAACUAUGCUUUGUCGAUUUAGCCGGUUCGGAAAGAGCUAGUGCCACUUCCAAUAAAGGGGAAAGGUUCAAAGAAGGGUCCUACAUUAAUCAGUCCCUCCUUGCGCUAGCCAACUGUAUCAACUCCCUAGCGUCUAAUAAAAACAUCCCAAAGGUUAGAGUCAAAUAUAGGGAUAGCAAAUUAACGCACCUUUUAAAAAAUUCACUGGAAGGAAACUGCCUUGUCGUAAUGAUUGCCAAUAUCAACCCGUCCAGGAAGUCCUUUCAGGAAUCCAAUAACACCCUCAAGUAUGCCUUCCGAGCGAGGAACAUAAAACUCUGUGCAACGAUCCAAACGAAUGACAACAAAGAAAGCGACGUGGAAAAAAUUUUAAAAAGAAAUGAUCUCCUCCAGAAGGAAUACGACCUGCUACUUCACAAGUACGGUAGUCUGAAGGAGUGCUUCGCUAAUUUAAAGGUCCUCUUUCAGCUCUACAAAAAUGUCCACCAUUGUUACCAGAGGAAGGAAAACGCAUCGGGCAAAAUGCCCCUCCUCGGACUGAAGCAAAACAUUUCUGUGUAUGAACAGCUCAUUAAAAUUAAGUCCGAGGAAAUUAAACAGAAAGUUGAUUCCCUACCUUUGGGGGAUGACCAAGAGGAUGUAUUACUACUAAACAUUUUCGACUCCGUUGUGGAUAAAGAUUUGGACCAUUUUAUUCGCUCCAAUUCGUCUGCGCUGACUGGGGAGGACGACCAUCGGGGGGAAGCGCGACGAAAUGACCACACGGGGGACUUACCCUCCAGGCUAAAGUGCAAGGAAGACGUCAGUAAUGAGGGGGGUAACCUGGCGGGGAAUUUUCCCACAUCAGACGUACCGAUCGUAACGACCGAGGAAGAGGGCGAACACGUGGAGCUGAAGCACCCAGGCAAUAAGCAACAAUUGCAGACCUUCCAAGACAACCUAACCGACAUGCAAAAUAGCAUUUUGAUGGAAACGAUUAGUAAAAAAAUGGAGAAUUCUUCCCACGCCCCCAUAAUAAAAAGUGACGUCACCCAGUUAUUCCUCCACAGUGGUAUCAACGCGGAUCCCCGUAUCGUCCUAAAUGAGCAGGCAAGCAAAAAUAUACUCACCAAACUGGAACCGCACGGGGUGCUAAAUUACAGUCAAAUUUUAGAUAACAGUAAUAGGGGACAUCGUAGCGACGCCACGCAGGAUUAUCCCCAGGACGCCUCAAACGGGACAGGAAGCCUUUUUAACAACCCGAAUGCGGUGGAAAAUAAUCUAGUCCAUUGUGUGGGCGAUUUUGCAGAGCAGAAUGGAGACAACUUUUACGAUGCCAACGGGAUGGACAAUGCAGAGGUGACCAUCUUUCCUAAUGGGGUGGAAGCAAAGGGCACAAGCGGUGUAAUCAAUUUAGGGAGAGCGAAACGUGAGCCACAGGUAGGCAGGCUGAUAUUCAACAAUGAGGCGGUUAAGAGCAACAAGAGGAAACUCACCCACGUGGAGGAAAACAUAAAGCAUGAACACCACGAAGAAAACUCAUCAUCCGUCAGAAAAAAAAAAGUUAAAAAUGAGAGGAAAGUGAGGUAG